AUGGCAAUAUUCACAGUCCGGCCCUCAGUGCCGGAGAAGGAUCCAUUACGGGGAGUCCUCCGGGCGAAAUUGACAGCCGCUUCGCUACUUGGACUCAAACUCAAGCCGGGAGACCUCUGUACCAUACGACAUGAAGGCAGCACGGGCGUUCCGCAGGGAGACGAGAAGUUUGCGAUAGCCUGGGAGUACUCUGGCACUGGAAUGAAGGACAACAUCGUUCAGACGUCGAAAGCUUUACAGGAAAUGCACGGCCUAAAGUUGGGAGACCGCGUCAUUGUCGAGAAGGCUCAACAGGAACUCCAGGAUGCUGGAAGCGUACAGCUUCGACCACUGUCUGGAGGCACCAUGGACCUACCGCAACAGUUCUGGGAGCACGUUGCUGCUAUGAAGCUGGGCAUAUCUAGUGACUGCCUAGCGGUUGGACUGAGCAUAGCGCUGGAAGUUGCACCCCAGGUGCAGGAUUUUGAGGUCGUGGAAAUAUCAGCGGUUGGCGGGACGCCCGCCCCACUAGCACGCAUUACAAAAGAGACGGUGUUUUCGAUAGCAGAUGGAAUCGUAGCCGCGGCUGCUGCACAGGCGGUCGACUUCAGACCGACGAACAUAGGCGGAGCAAAGUCACAGCUCGAGGAAAUCCGCCUGAUAGUCGAUCACUUGUUGAGACCGCGAUCAGGCAGAGCACCGGCUCAAGGCUUGCUACUAUACGGCGCAAAGGGCGUCGGCAAGUCGUUGAUCAUCGAUGAGCUCGCCGCAUCGGGCUGGAAAGCAGUCAUAAGAUGGCAACCAGGCGCAAAAUUGCCUACGACCUUCGCCUCGAGCACACUGAUCAUCAUUGAUCCCCAAGAUGUGCCCUCAUCAAGGGGCGAAUCAGCAUCCAGGGUCCUCCUCAAAGAGAUCCUUCAGCUUUUCCACAGCAUCAAGGGCAAGCCAGUGAUGGUAGUGAGCGAGACAAGACAUCCGAAUGACGUGCAUCCAGAUCUGCGGAAAAGAGCAUUGUUCGCGACCGAGCUCGAGAUCCCAAUUCCCUCAGCGAUCCAGCGUCGGGAGAUACUGCAACUAAUGGCGCAAGAUGAGCCAUCGCUGGACUCCGAUAUCCUCGAUUCUAUGGCAGAACGAACCCACGGUUAUGUGGGUGACGAUCUGGAUGCCUUAAUUUGCACAGUCAUCGAGCUGGCAUCUGACAGAACCGAAGCCGACACCAGAGCCCACCCCAAGGCUGCACUCGCACCUUCGCCACAAAAUGCACCCUCGAUCAACGGCAACCAUGUGCAACCCUCCUACUCGACCGCUCCAGCUUCACCCAAUACCUCACGGCCUUCAAGCCCAAAACCGCCAUCAGUCAAGGUCACUCUUUCUGACUUAGCGGCCGCCCUGGCGAAGAUUCGCCCCUCCGCCCUCCAAGAAAUCUUCCUCGAAACACCCACCACCCGCUUCACCGACAUCGGCGGCCAAACCACCCAGAAAUCCCUCCUUAUCAACGCCGUCACCCGGCCCCUCUCCCUCGCCGCAACCAUGGCCAAAGUCGGCCUGCCACCCAAGAAGGGUGUCCUUCUCUACGGCCCUCCUGGAUGCAGCAAGACCCUUUUGGUCCGUGCGCUUGCCCGAGAAGCUGGGCUCAACUUCUUGGCGGUCAAGGGUGCAGAGUUGAUCAGCAUGUAUGUGGGCGAGAGCGAGAGGAGCAUGAGGGAGCUGUUCCGGAAGGCGAGGGCGGCGAGUCCCAGUAUUAUUUUCUUUGAUGAGAUUGACAGUAUUGCGGGUGCGAGGUCGGGGCCGGAGGCCUCCUCAAGUGGAAGCAAAGAUUUGAAUGUUCUUACGACCCUUCUCACCGAGAUGGACGGAUUCUCCACGAUGUCAGGAGUCUUUGUCGUUGCUGCGACCAACAGGCCUCAUGCCCUGGACUCGGCACUACUCCGACCAGGAAGAUUCGAUAAUGUGGUGUACAUCCCACCCCCCGAUCUGGAUGCCAGAAAGCAGAUCUUCCGUAGCCACUUCACAAAGUACAAUUACGUGCCAACGGCAAGGGGCACGGAGGAAGAUGUGUGGUACUUUGCGGACAAAACCGAUGGGUUCUCGGGCGCGGACGUGGUAGCAAUAUGGCACAGAGCAGCAGAGUUGGCUAUUGAUGCGGGCAGGGACAAGGUGACGUUUACGGACGUUGAAGAGGGCGUCAGUAGCACGCCGCGGAGUAUCAGUAGGGAGGCAUUGAGAGGGUUCGAGGAGUGGGCGGACAGCCGGAUGACUGGUGGCGGUGGCGGCUGA